AUGAAAGAUGAAGAAACUCCUCCCACAGCUGCAGAGCGGGCGGCGGCGACGAUGGCGGCAGCAGCCGAGGCAGCCGCUGCGGAAGCUGCGGCUGCUGCCGCUGAGGCUGAAGACAGUGAACGCACAGCACUUCUUGCAGCAGAUGUGCAGCGAGCAGCAGAACCAUGGGAGUCUUCAGCUGAGGGGGAGCCCGAGGCUCUCGCGGCUUACGGAAUGGGGGAGAGAAAAGGCAGGCAGCCCCGCACGCCGUCACCAGCUCCAAUGAUAAGGUCCUUAGCAGCAGCACCCGCCCCAGCAAAAAAUUCGGUUGAAAAUCAUGCAGCAGAAGAUAGCUUUCUAGAUGAUGUGUCUUCCUUCGGCAAGGCUCCGUCCCGCUCUUGCCAGUGGUUGCGCUGCCUCCCUGUGCUUUUUCUCAUGCUGCUGGUGCUCUAUAUCAACUUGGUGUAUGUUGCGUUUCACUGCCUGCCGCAGCUGCAAAUAGGAAGGCCCCCUGCUCUCCGCGAUGCGCGGCGAUUUCAGAAGUAA